AUGGCAGAUCAAGAGCAAGAAUUAGAAAGAGUAAGCUUGGAACUUGAGGACCUACAAGGAAACAUGGGUCAAGUCAUGGAGAUACUACAAGUCAUUAAGGCUAAGUUGGACACCCAAACGACGGUCAUUUCAGAAGUCAUCAGUUCUACGAUUGAACCCCAACCUGCAAUGACAAUACUUACUACUUGGCCAAUCUUAGAUUUACCUCCCGACUUUGAACCUCCAGUUAAAGACGCCCCUAUAGUUGUACAAUCCACUCAACAAAUAGAUCCUCUACCAACUAUCAAUGAAGCUCAUCCCAUGCUCCAUACAUUUGCACCACCCCUUGUCCAUGCACAUGUGAAACCUUAUUUUGAAGAUCAACAACAUGCUUCGAAUUUUUCUGACGAAGAUGAUGAAAGGCAUAAAUACAUAACAGGAAUGAAAGAGAAUUUCCAGAUUCUUGAGAAAAGGUUAAGGGUUAUGGAAGGUGAUCAAUUCUUUGGCGUUGCUGCUAGGGAAAUGUGCUUAGUGUCUGGUCUUGUGAUUCCCGCAAAAUUCAAGACCCUGAAUUUCGAUAAGUACGAGGGGCACUCGUGCCCUAAAAGUCACCUCAUUAUGUACUAUCGGAAAAUGGAUGUGCACGUUGAGGAUAAUAAACUUAUGCUACAUUGA